AUGAUCGAAGAUAAUAAGAAGAAAUAAUUAGAAAGCUUUGAAAAAAUGAUUGAACCAAUGAUAACAAAAAUUUCGUCACUUUUGGGCCAUCUAAAUAUUUUGAAGUCUUUUUUUGUUAUAUAAUUAGAUCAAUUGAUUGACAACGCAAAGGAUUGGAUAUCAAAUUUAUAAUCACUAGGUUUAAAGUUAUAAGAGGUAUAGUCUCUAUAAAGAAUUAGAAAUCACGAUCAUAAAUGAAAAAUCACAUUAAAAUGAUUAGAUUGAUAGAUUAAAUAAUUAAAUGAUUCCUUGUCUACUAAAAUUGAUAGUAAGUUAAAUUUAUUCAGGUUAUAUGAAGAAUAUCAAAAAUGUCAACAAAUUUUACAAGAAUUAUCAUCUUAAAUAUAUUCAUAAUCGUAAUUACCAUAAUCAUAAUCAAUUCAAUGUGCAUCUUAAUUUAAAUCAUUUAAUUAUCAAAUAAUUAAAGAUAAUUCUGUCAAUUAAAUUGAGUGGUGUAGUGUAAUUGGUUAUAAUAAAGAUUGCUCAUAUGUAGUAGUUGGUUGUGGAAAACAAAUAAAAACAUAAGAAUUCAAGUAAGUAGUCUUGAAAUAAAUUCAAGUCUUAAAUCAACUUCAAAAAUGGACAACCUUUAACUUUCAUCAAAAAAUUCAUUGAGUUUAUAUUAGGGGAUUAUGGUGGAUCUAUUUUAAGUUGUUCAAACAAUAACAUUAAUUAAUGGUAUUGCUCAUAAAUAAUUAAAGCACAUAAUCACUCAAUUCAAUGCUUAAUUUUGAAUAAUUAUGAAGAUCAUUUUAUAUCCAGUAGUGGAGAUAAUACUAUUAAAUCUUGGGUUAAGAAAAAUGAUUGGAUCUGUUAAUAAACUAUCACACAUCAUAAAGAUUGGAUUAAUUAAUUAAGUUUAGAUGAUUAAGAAAAUAUAGUUAUUUCUAGUGGAAAAGAUAAGUAAAUAUUAGUAAUUGAGUCCUUUAAAUUAAAUAAAAUGUGGAUUGUUUUUAAAAGUAUUAAAGUUGAAUUUUAUGGAUAUCGCAUAUGCUUUAUCAACAAUAAUUAAUUCACUUUUCAACUAGAAAGUGGCAGUUUGAUGAAUGUCUACUAAAUCAAUAAUAUAAGUAAAGAGUAAACUAAAACUAAAGAUAUUACUGUUAAUCAUUGUAACAAUAGUAAUUAAGGUGAAUUAUUCCCAUAAUAAUUAAAAAAAAAAACAAUUAUUAGUGAAUAAACAUGGCGAUAAUAUCAAUUUUAUCAGACAAACAAAAGAUGA